UUGAGAGUCUUUCUCGCGUACUCGAGAAUAUUGGCGAUUCGAUUUCGUCUGGCAGCCGAUCUCCGUUUCCCUUCUAUCAAUCAUCUUAACUCUACCCUCAUUAAUCAAUCACACACGAUGUUGAUUAAAUGUGAUAUUUUGAUGUGCAAGUCGGUAGAGUCGACUAUAAGAAGAGCGGCCGCUCCUCCGCCACCGUUGAAGUCGCUUACUCCGCUUCUGGGAGGCAGAAACUUCCGCCGUGGUGGAGAGCUCAUGGGCGUCGACAUGCUCUUGGUUGAUUCAGGUGGUUUUGUUUCUUUACGGAGAAAACUCAGCAAGAAGCAUUUCAUCAGAAGAAGCAUAAACAUGGUGGCAGAGCUGAAAAAUGGGUCCAAAAUCUCGGCUACAAUGCCCAAUAAAUACAACAGUUUGUUCGGAUCAGUGUCUUCUGUGUGCUCAGGUCGGGGAGACAACACAACAAUUUGUUUUCCGAUUGCACUUACAGUACUCAGAAUUCCAAGCUGCAAUGUAUUUAUCUGGAAAGAGAAGGAUGCUAGACUUGAUAACAAUACUUCUGGACCGGCCAGUGCUCUAAUUGAAGACAUCUCUCGACAGCUUAGAGCAAAAUUUGACAUUCUCUCUCGACGUGUUCUGUUCCUGUUUCCUUUUUUUCCACUUGAAUUUAUUUAUUCUAGAACUUCGGUUUGUUCAUGUUUGAAGCUAGGAAGCUAUUUUUGUGUGCAGAUACAUAGGGACUAAGAAUUUGUAUUUAAUCAUGUAUAGAUGUUGGUGGAAAUGAAAUGAAGUACUUAAAAAAAGCUUCAUCAAAA